CCAUCAAUAAUUUGUUCGCUGAAGGAGAUCUCCAUUUUACAGAUCGAGCAGAGCUGCAUGAAAUCUCUUCCCGUUGGUUGCCUCAACAAACUUAAAACUCUAAACAAAUUUCUGUUUCCUAAUAAUCAGAUUGAAAAUUUGCAAAGAGGUUUGUUUGAUGGUCUCAGUAAUCUGACUGACAUCAUUUUAAUAAUAAGUUUGCAUAACAACUCGUGGGAUUGUUCAUGUCAAAAUAAAUGGUUGAAAUGGUGGAUGAUA